AUGUCGCCUCCAAAGGACACCAAUCUGGAGCCCCCCAAAGACAUCUCCAUCACCAAAACAGACACAUCAAAUACAUCCUCGCGGCCUGCAAGCGCCAACUCCAGCAGCCCCUCCGUCAUCAAAGGCGCCUCCCUUCUCAUCAUCCUCCAGGUAGCAUCUCGUCUCAUCACCUUCAUCGCCAACCAGCUUCUCCUCCGCUUCCUGACCGCGCCUCUUCUGGCUCUUUCCACACAACUUGAGGUCUACUAUCUCUCCGUUCUCUUCUUCGCCCGCGAGAGCUUGCGAGUGGCUAUUCAGCGCCAGGGGAUCGCUGGAGCGGCAAACACAGAGGAUGGCGUUGCUGCUGACGAAGCUGCUGUUGCGCGGAGAGAAGGGCAGGCGGUGGUGAAUCUGGGGUAUAUUGCUGUGGCAUUGGGCAGCAUCGUCAGCGUGGCCUUGGGAUGGAUGUAUCUUGCGUCUGCUCCCGCUACCACUCUCCAGACGCCCUGGCUCGUCGAGUCGCUUUGGCUCUAUGGCAUCGCUGCCAUGGUCGAGCUCCUGUCCGAGCCAUGCUUCGUCUUGAUGCAGACGCGUCUUCAAUUUGGCACUCGCGCGACAGCUGAAUCCAUUGCAACUUUUCUCCGCUGCAUCGUCGUUUUUGGUUCUGCUGUUUGGGCCUCUCAACAGAGCUUGGAUAUCGGCGUUCUCCCUUUUGCGCUAGGACAGCUCUCAUAUGGCGUCUCCCUUCUUCUGGUCUAUUUCGCCGCAGGAUAUCGCCUUGCACUCGGCACCGGAUUCUCACUUCUACCAACACGACUCACUUCCAGCAAAGGCGUCGUUUUUGUGCUGUCAUACUUUUACAAGCCGACCAUCAGUCUUGCGGGGAGCAUGAUGGCCCAAAGCGUGGUGAAGCAUCUCCUUACGCAGGGCGACACCUUUCUCAUCUCCCUCUUCUCUACUCCAGAAGUGCAAGGCGUAUAUGCCCUAGCGAAUAACUACGGCAGUCUUCUCGCCCGUCUACUCUUUCAGCCUGUCGAGGAAAGCAGUCGUAGUUACUUUUCACGCCUUUUAUCCAUUGGGCCUUUCGCAGCCCCCGCACUCCUUUCCAUCGUGGUAGGCAGCCGCUGGACUGGUUCAGGAGCUGGCCAAGUUUUGGGAACGUAUUGUUUCUACAUCCCCUUCAUGGGACUCAACGGAAUUACCGAGUCUUUUGUUGCUUCUGUCGCCACUGAGGCUCAAGUACAUCGCCAAUCGUUUUGGAUGGGUAUCUUCUCAGCCGUUUUUGCGGCAUCCGCCUUCCUUCUUAUGAGUGUCUUUCCACUCGGUGCCCAAGGUCUCGUUUAUGCCAAUAGUAUC